AUGUUGUCCACUGACAAACCUAAAAUGUUUACGCCGUUGGUCAAUAUGGUGCGAUGUAUUUCUUUGCAGCAAAUGCACGAACGUGGCCCACCUAAGCGAAGACCUCAAAGGAAGUCACCGAUGCAGGGUCAUCCUCAGCUUCGUGCUGUAGUACUUAAGGUGCUCAUUAAAAAGCCGAAAAAGCCCAAUUCCGCUAACAGAAAAUGCGUUCUUGUCAAAUUAAGUACCGGAAAGGAGACGGUUGCGUGGAUUCCUGGCGAAGGUCACAACCUGCAGGAGCACAGCCAAGUUCUGGUCGAAGGUGGCAGGAAACCGGACCUCAUCGGAGUUAAAAUUCGUGUUAUGCGAGGAAAAUUGGAUUGCGCUCCGGUUAUCAAAACUCCAAAAUAA